GUCUAGACAGUAAUCAAACUAAAAAAUGUCAAUUGUUGAUCCGGAAAAUAUCAAAUAACCAAACAAGUUAAAACUCCCACUCUCAUUAGAGGCAAUAAGCAAACAAGUUGUAAAGUGGCCUCCAAAACUACAAAAUCAGUGGGAAAAUAUGAACAUCUGGUAUUUUCGGCACUUCUAGGAGGAAAACGACCUUUGGCUUAUUUUUAGUCCAACUGAGGCACUCAGAAGAUGCGGAAGGUAUUUUUCCUCUUCCGUAUCCCAUUCUUUCUCCAUUAGUUCUGAUUGAGAAACACUCUCAAUGAGCUAUGCUUUUAAUCCGGAAUUAAAUUUCAUAUUAACACCGAACAAAUUUACAGCACAUUCAAAGCUGGAUUACUGUUUGACAUUAAGAAUUUUUUCAAGAAGGCCAAAUGGUUAAAGGCGAACAAAUAAAUUUGAAAUUUCCAACCAUGUCAUCUAAUCCCACUCCCCGUUACGUGACUGUCGAAGGGCUUCGAUUUGUAGAAGGUUUUCAUCCAGAUACUGUCCGAUCUGCAUUAACUUAUCAACCCCGCCCAUAUGAUGUCUUUGUUGUCACCUACCCCAAAUGUGGAACAACAUGGAUGAUGCAAAUAGCACUUCUACUUCUCCACGAAGGAGAAUUACCUGAAACUACUGAAGAAUAUUUUGCAUGCACCCCUUAUCUUGAAAUGCUAGGAGCAGAAGUAGUGGAAAAAAUGCCCAGGCCAUCCCCUAUACGCUCUCACUUACCAUUUGACAUGAUACCAUACGCCAAGCAUGCCAAAUAUAUUUAUGUGGCGAGACAUCCAAAGGAUUGUUGCAUUUCAAUGUACCAUCAUACGAAAAUGUUUCCCUCUUACGGCUUCUCUAAAGGCUCUUUUGAUGAUUUUUUUAAAAUAUUCAUACGAGGUGAAACAGACUAUAAUGAUUAUUUUGAUCAUUUACUCUCGUUUUACGAACACAGAUACGACGAUAAUAUAUUUUUUAUUACUUACGAACAGCUGCGAGAUGAUACAAGAGGUGCAAUCUUACAAAUAGCAGACUUCCUUGGUGAAAAGUACAGUAAGUUAUUGAGAGAAAACACAAAAGUAUUAGAUAAAAUUCUACAUUACAGUAAUUAUGAUUUUAUGAAACAAGAUACAUUUUCAGUGUGGAAGGAAGCUCUCCAAAUUACACCGCAAGCAUUUUCAGCCACAAAGCUUCCCCCAGGGUUGGCCUCAUGGGCUGAGAGUGCUGUAGACUCCCAUUAUGGGCAACCAAAAAUGCCCAUGAUAAAUGUACGUGAUUUAAUGAGAAGAAGCAGUUUGAUGGAAUGGGACACAAAACUAAAACCUUCUCAAGAACAAAAACUGCAAAGAAGGAUUAUUGAAAAAACAAAUAAUUCUGAUGUAAUGGAUUUGUGGAAAGACACUUAACAUUAAAGUGAAUGUGUUAUUUUAAACGUGUUUAAGUUUGUAUAGAUUUUAAAAAUAAAUAUAAUAUUUUUUGA